UCCCCGCUAGCACCUGAACGCAGCAUCUGGCCAGGGGCGGGUAGGCGCUAACCGUGCAGUAUGGCGGACGAUGGAGACAGUUCGAGCGGACCAGUUGAUGCGAGCGGCGGGCAGGCGGUCGCGGAUGAGUCGGACGGGUUCGGCCUCGGCGCGAUGUUGUUGAAUAUCGCUAUCUUGGUGGUGGUGGCGGCGGCCUGUGUGGCGGCGUACCGGCGGUGGGGCAGGCGGCUGGUGGCCAACGCGGCCCAGGGCGACCAGGCCUCGGCGCUCCCCAAGAUGAGGAGACGGGACUUCACUCUGGAGCAGCUGCGGGAGUACGACGGGCUCCAGAGCCCCCGCAUCCUGAUGGCGGUCAACAUGAAAGUUUUCGACGUGACCAGCGGAAAAAAGUUUUACGGGAAAGACGGCCCUUACGGCAUUUUCGCGGCCCGGGACGCCUCGAGGGGACUGGCCACCUUCUGCCUGGAGAAGGACGCCCUGCGGGACGAGUACGACGACCUGUCUGACCUCAACGCCGUGCAGAUGGAGAGCGUGAGGGAGUGGGAGAUGCAGUUCAUGGAGAAGUACGACUACGUCGGGCGGUUGCUGAAACCCGGAGACGAGCCGUCGGAGUACACGGACGAGGAGGACGUCAAAGACCACCUGAAGCACGACUGAGCGGCGCCUUCACGCCGACCAAAGCCGGGAGCCGCCAGACAGCUGCGAUGGACCCCCACCCCCCCCCACCCCGACCCCCACAUCUCCACCUCCUCCUCUCUCCCUGCCCCCGUCUCCCGAAAACGCCUCCCCUCUUCAAUCCGUCUGAACCGGUCCGGUGCCGCGGCUUUUUUUCUUGUGGGGUGGGGGGGUGCCGGACCGAUUUGAAACAAAACACACACAAUAUUUUAGUCAUUUCUCCAAAAGGCAGGAGCGUGGGGGGCGGCGGCGGCGUGUGGUCGCCGCGGGUGGAGGGUGGUCCGAGGUGGCGGGACACAUCGGUCGAGGUCGAUCGGUGAGUCGGGAGUUCUCCUUUUUUUUAUCUUCGGUUUAGUCACAUCGCACCUGAAACUUCUGCUUCAGCUUUGGACAGCUUGUCAAUCAAUGUUUUUUUUUGUUUUUUUUUUUGUUAUUGAAUAGUCGUCCCCUCGCUGUUGAGGGCGGCGCCGCGACCUGAGAGUCAUUGCUGUGGAAGUGAUCGGGGCGUCGCAUCUUCCUGUUGUGUUUGUAGUGUAUACACUACUAGUUUUCUUUGUUUGUCACCAUGUGAUUGUAUUUGUUGAGUAGCAUAGAUGGGGGGGGGGGGGUUCUGAUGGAGGAUGGGGGGGGAGGGUUACGGUCUCUUCCAUUUGAAACCUGUUUUUGAAUCGCAUCAGACGGACAGAAUCACAGAAAAAGGGAAUGUGAUGAAGGCCCUAAUCAAUCACUCCAUUGUUUACACGCCUCACGAGCCGCCUGCAGGUCUGUAGCUUCCCCCCCCCAAAAAAAAAUGGUCCAAGUAUUAAUCGUGCCUUAUUUAGUUUGUUGCGUCGGGCCUUUGGUCUCCGGAGGAGGAGGAGGUGGAGGCGGGCGGAGGAACGGAGGCGUCCCCUGACUUUAGAGAAAGGCAUGUACGUUCUGUCAGACUUUAAUAUUUCUCCACUUCACAAACUGUAAAUAGACCGUAUGAAUCGCUCAGUGUUACUGCCAUAUGUUUGUAGGUGAUGAUCCAGAUGUGUAUACUGCGUUGUCCUAUUGGCCAAAAAAAAAAACAUGGGUUUGUUUUCUUUUCUUUUCGGUUCGGUUCGGAACUUCUUUUUAAAUGUGGGAGAAUUCCCCCCCUCCCUCCCCCCUUUCCCCCAAAACAAACAACAACAAAAAGGAGUGUUGCAAAGUGCUGCUGGGCGGACCGGGAGCCGUUCCUCGCGUGUUUGGUUCAGAGACAUUGCUUAUCCUGUAAAUAUAUCUAUCAUUUUAUUAAAGCAUGUGCAACAACAAAGUGAGCUAUGCCGAAUUCCCACCACGUCAUGUAUUUAAAUGUUGGGUGUGUGCGCGCGCGCGCGCGCGCGUGUGUGUGUGUGUGUGUGUGUGUCUGUCUGCGUGAGAGAGGCAGGAAGGGAUUUGUUCAUGCAUAAUAAAUCGAUUUGGUUAAUAAUUGAAGAUGUCUGGAGUUUAUUCGCAGGAUUGGAAACAGAUUGUUUCUCGGUUCCAAACGAGGGGGAAAACUUUCAUUUCAGUUUAAGGAGA